GAAACAUGAGUGAGGAGGUAAUGUAUUAUUCAUGGCUCGUUGCAUCCACGGAUAUGUUGGAAGAUGAAGAUUACAGAGUUUAUGUGGGCCGCAUAAUGAGUCAGUUAAAAGAAUAGUUUCCCGGUGCAUCAUUCAUGGUGUUUAAUUUCCGGGAUGGAGAUAGCAGAAGCCGGAUGGAGAGUGUAAUAACUGAGUAUGACAUGACCAUAUCCUCGCCAUUUUGAAGGUUGCCCUUUGCUUACAAUGGAAACAGUGCAUCACUUCCUAAAAUCAGCUGAAAGUUGGUUAUUGUUAAGUCAACAGAAUAUCUUAUUGUCGCACUGUGAGCUUGGUGGAUGGCCAACUUUAGCUUUUAUGCUUGCUUCGCUCUUGUUAUACCGCAAACAGUUUAGUGGAGAACAGAAAACACUAGAGAUGAUAUAUAAGCAGGCUCCUCGUGAGUUGUUACAGCUAAUGUCUCCACUAAUCUGCUGCCUUCACAGUUGAGGUUUCUUCAGUAUAUCUCGAGAAGGAAUGUUGGCUCACAAUGGCCACCGCUAGACCAGGCCCUUACAUUAGACUGUGUCAACCUUAGACUGAUUCCUGAUUUUGAUGGUGAGGAUGGUUGCCUACCCAUAUUCAGAAUAUAUGGUCAAGAUCCUUUUAUGGCUUCCGAUCGAACUUCAAAAGUUCUUUUCUCGAUGCCUAAAAGAAGCAAAGCUGUUCGGCAAUAUAAGAAGGCAGAUUGUGAGCUGGUAAAGAUUGACAUCAAUUGCCAUAUCCUCGGUGAUGUCGUGCUAGAGUGCAUUACCCUAGGUAGUGAUCUUGAGAGAGAAGAGAUGAUGUUUCGGGUUGUGUUCAAUACUGCAUUUCUUAGAUCAAACAUUCUAACACUUAACCGUGGUGAGAUUGAUGUACUGUUGAACACAACAGAUCGGUUUCCCAAGGAUUUCAGUGCAGAGGUGACUACUUAUCUUCUUUUUCUUUAA